GGAGGUGUUUGGUAAAAGCCAAACUGAUAAUUUAUGUCUGAGAGCAAAAGCCACUGUUACUUCAACCCCUUUACCACAUAAAGUUGUCAACAUGCUACGAUCAGCACUUCUUUUACACCAGCGUCGUCUUACACAUACUGCAGCUACCACGCCCAACGAAACGAUAUACAAGGGCCCUCUCGCCAAUGUCGCCAAAAAAUUAAAAUUAUUCUCUGUCACAUCCCUUGGCCUCGGCACGGGCAUUUCGCCAUUUGUCUUUGCCAUUGACGUUCCUGUACCCUUCGUUGCCAAGGCAGCCCUUGUCGGUGCGGCCGUUGCGACGAGUGCAGCUUCGACUGGUCUUAUCCAGUGGGUCAUGUCGCCCUAUGUCACCAAAAUCAGUCAGAACGGCAACGAGCUGACUUUACAUACGCUCAGCUUCUGGGCCAAGGACCAUCAAACAACUGUACCUAUCGACAGCCUUGCACCUGCCACACGGAUAUUCACAUCGCUUAUGCUGACCGACCCUUCCAAGGCAACCGCUCAGGUUAGCGGAAAACCUGGUAAACCGAAAACGUUGUUUUAUGUACAUCCCGAACUAUGUGAGGAAGAUGGUACGGCUAUCAAGGCUGUUAUUGACAAGACUGGUAUCGGCAAGGGAUUUUAAGCAAUAAAAUGAUUCUUCCUAAUGGUUGACGGGGCCCUUGACGUUGGGGGGUGCUUUUGAUUGGCGUGUGUUUCCGUACAGGUCAUCAUCACCACU